AACACGGAACCUCUCCCCCCUGGAUGUCAGUCAUGAGAUUGUAGUGUUUCAUUAGAGAGUUUGUAAUGCAAUGACUAGUUUAGAAACAUCUCCGAGGUGUUGCAUCUGAGCGCCAUGUCUGACAUCUGGACCCAGAGGAUCCUCUCUUUCUCCCGCAGCCCGUCCCGGUUCCUCUCCGGUACAACAGCGGAGGGUUUCCUCGCUGAGCUGCUCCGGGAGCUCCGGGAUGACAGAGCCACUUACAGCCUCAAGGUCCUCCUGUUGUCCCCGCUCUGUGAGUCCCCGUCUCUGCUGUGUCUCUCGGACUUGCUGGGUGAGGAGACGGCCCUGGAGCUCAUGUCCGUCUUCAACCAGUGUCCUCCGAAGUCGGUCCAGUUUCGCUGCCACCUCCUCCUGGCCCUCACCUCCGUCCUGGUCUGCACUUCCUGCGUAAACAACCGCUCCCGAGCGUCCCAAGACUUCCUGGACCUGCUCCUCCAGAUAUCCCAGGACUCCAAUGACCUCCACGGAGACGUUGCUCUGCGGGCCACAGCUUGUGAUUGUCUCCGGGAGAUGGAGGCCUGUUCUCCCGGUCUCCUCUCCCAGCGACUGGAGCUCUUAGAUGGGCUCCGGCAGCGAGAAACGUCCCGGCUCCACCAGGCCUACGCGGGGCUCCACACCCUGGUGUUAAGGAAUGCCGUUUAUCAGUUGACCCAGGAAACCGGAGCCGGAGCCGAGCAUCUCAAAGCUCUUCUGGGAGGAAACACAUCGGUAGCAUGGGAGGCGGAGCUGGAUCUAAUGAACAGUAAAGAUGACUCAGCAGUUCUGUCUUCUCUCAUCCGGGGGCCCAUGGGCUCCGUGCCGACCCUGCAGACGGGGCCCGACUGUAAGGAGCUGCGGGCGGUGCUGUCCUCCCUCCUGGAGGAGUCGUACCUCCUCACGCCUCUCAGUCAGGCCGCUCUGCUGCACCGGCUGACCGAGGUGGUUGCCAUGGUUCCCGGUGUCUCUCCCGCCGUGUUCAGAGCUCAGCUGCUGAGACUGCUGGGCACCAGUGAGGUGUGCCUCUUCCACUCCAUCCUGCUGAUGAAGAGUGCGUUCACAGACAGUCUGUUCAGCGCCGAAGACGAAGCCUUCCUGCUCCAGCGGCUGGUGGUUCUCUCCCAGCACCCGCUGCUGAGCCCCCCCGAGAAGCUCUUCUAUAUUGACUGCAUCCUGAGCUUCCCCGAGAACCGGCCAAUCGGGUGCGGCGACGACGCCCUCCCCGUGCUGCUGACCCCGCGGCUCGCCUCGGUCCUAGUGCCCACCGUGUUCAACGACAGCGCCACCUUGUUAGCCCGCCUCCACCUGCUGUGUCUGGUCUACCUGGAGGAAGAGGAUGAAGGGGAAGAAGAGGGGAGGGGGUUGGGUUACCUCUACGAUCACCUGACCUCACUGCUGCAAAUCGUGGAUAAUGGAGGCAGCCGGGAGAUCGUGGUCACCUUCUUCAGAGCCGCCUUCCUCUUCCUCUCCUACUUCUUCCCCGUGGAGUGCUUCUCCCACAGCCUGAUGGAAGAACUGUGUUCGCUCUACCUUCGUCACACCCACCUGGCGCCGCACUUCAUCAAUUUAGCCGACCACAUCCAGGAGCAGCUGUCCGAGUCCAACUGGGCGACGGAGUUUUUGAAGGCCCUUCAAGGAGCCAUCACUGACGCCGAACUCACCUCAAAAGACUUAAGCUGGCACCUCAAGAUGUUAGCAAGAGUGGCGGAGGAAGGAGAAAUCAAGCAGCAAAGCACCGUCAACUUCCUGUCCCACAUCAUCACUUCCUCAUCUCUGUGCGUGAAAGGCGACUGGCGCCUCGGGAACUUCCUCCUCUGGGUUUGCCGCCGCCUCCUGGUCCACCCGGGCCUCGACGUGCUACUCAUCCCGCUGGCCGACGUCCUGCAGCAUCUCGCCUGUCGCUACGGAGACACGGACAUCCGGGAUCACGCCCGCCUCUACUACACCCUGCUGACCACGCUGUCAAAGGACAAGCUGGCCAGGGUUUUGUCGCAGGGAUACGGCGAGGGAGGCGGCCAGGCCAAGAAACUAACGUUUUCCUGCAUCGUGGCGGAAAGUGAAGGGUUGACCAGCUUGCUGACGGUCCACCAGGCGAAGACAAUUAUCCUAAAGCUGGUGGAGGAGCCACAAACUGAAACAGGAAGUGGACUAAACCAAAAUGAGGAUAACCCCGAGGAAGCGUCCGUAGCGCUUGAACAGUACAGAGCCCAGUUUGACGUCCCUGGCUUCGCCUCAGAAAUCCCUCUCAACUACCAGCUGACUCACAGCGAAAGUGCCGACUCAUGCUUCGAUCAGCUCUUCAGUAUCCGUCUCCACUUCAGCCUCACGGACGACCACUACGAGCCGCUGGGAGACGUCAGCGUCCCGUGUGUGUUCAGAGAGAGGCCGCCGCCCAGCGUAAAGCUUAGGCUGAAACCCAGACGACCCCAACCAACCUCCCUCCACGCCAGCGCCAUCUUCACCACCCAGGACGGCCUUUCCUGGCUCACAGAUCUACCGGACGUCCAUGUAGCUUUCCGGCAGACCUUCCUGCCUCUUCCCGCCCCCGAAACCUGGGGACGAGGCAGCAGAUUGAGCUUGUUCGAUGGUUUGUGGGAUGAGAUGAGCCGUGAGGAGCCAACAGGAGGUGCUACCAGUCUGUUCUGCUGCCAGCUGCAGGAGGAGGCUCUGAAGACCCUGGUGGAGAAACACUUCCUCCCCUACCUCGUAUCAGAUCAGUCGGAUAAAGAGGAGAUCAAAGUGCUCUUCUUCCUCCCGCCGCAGUCUCACCUGCUGAUGAGGAUCCGCUCUGAGGAAACCGUGCACUUUAAUGUGGCCACAGAUAACUGGCAGCUGCUGCCGCACAUCAACUCUUAUCUGCUGACUCUCACGUCCUCACAGGAAGACACACACACCUGACUGCUUACUAGCUUGAUUUUAUAUCAUUUUUUAAAUAAGCUGAUUUUUAACCAAAUCAUCAAAUUGUUGUCAGCGCUUUAAUAACUCCAAUUGUGCUUUGUAAUAACAUUGCUGUAGACAGAUGAUUUAAAAUAAAAAUGAUUGCACUUUUAUUGUCUUGAUCUGAAAUAAAGAAAAUGUGUAUUUGAUUUACUGAA